AACUCAGCACUGUGACCUAAUCCCGGAUCUGGAGCAAUUCGAGCCGAAGUAUUCGGAUAUGCGCGAUAUUGUGUUUAUAGCCCAAAUGCCGCACCAACGCGACGGAGUCUCUUUGGAGUACUCGAGAUGGUUCCAGUUCUUGUUGGGGCUGUUGGAGGUGAGCAUCGAGUACAGCGAGCACUUUGAAUUGGGUAAGUCUUGGGCAAUUUUUGGGUUAUUUGGGGGUGUUUUGGGUAGUUUUUGGGCGAUUUCGGUGACCUACUGGACACAUUUACCCAGUUUCAUGGUUGAAGAUGCUCUGAUUCAACUAGAGAUCCGUCUAGCCUACCGUACGCACGCAGAUGACCCGAAUACAUGGCAUGAACUCAUCACGACCAAUGCCACUAGAACGCUGCAAUGUACA